AUGAAAGCGCGGACAAACGAAAGCAGCACCGGCGGCGCGUCCGUAGAAGAAGUGAUACUCGACGAGCUUCUGGCCCUGUCGCCGCCGCCGCCGCCUCCUGCGUUCAGUCCGCUCUCACAAGCGGCGGGGGGAUCCGUCUCGGGCAAUGUGGAUGGCAUCGGGCCAGCCUCCCGACGAAUAGGUCGCAACGAUGGAAAUCUUCUUGAGCUGAAGCGGGUCCGGUUCGAAGGCCUCGUCGAGGCGGGCCAUCUGGGGCAGGGAACCUUCGGCGAGGUCUUGGCUGGGAAGUACUUCGGCAGAGCCGUAGCGAUCAAGAAGGCGCGGGCUACUGUCACGGCGGUCCAGACACUCGAGGGGUUCAGGAAAGAGGCGGAGAUGCACUUCGUCAUGAGACACGACAACAUCGUGGAAUUGUUGGCGUUUAGCCUUGGCGACGCUCUGCGCCCCCCUUGCCUGGUAAUGGAACGAAUGCAAGAGUCACUUUUCGGACUGCUCAGCCAAACGCUCACCAUCGGCUUCCCGGCAGCUCUAGGCAUCGUCCUCGACGUGUGCAAGGCCUUGGAGUUUCUCCACGACUACGGCAUGGUGCACAGAAACGUGAAGAGCCCGAACGUACUGCUGGACUCCAACGGAAAAGCAAAACUCUCAGAUGUCAACCUCGCGCACAUCAGCGAGACGAUGAACGCAAACACCGGGGGUGGCUACCAUACCAAGGUGGGGUCGCGGUACUGGAUGGCACCGGAGGUUUACACACACAAGAUCGUCUCAGCCCCUUCGGACGUCUUCAGCCUGCACGUGGUCAUGUGGGAGGUUGUAACGAACAGCCACAACUGGGUCGGCCCCCCCAUCGGAGAGCUCCUGCUGCGCGCCCCGGACGCAAGGCUCUCCCUCGACGGGUCUUCCUCCGGCCCCGCCCCGCUCAUGCGGCGCCUGCAGCGCCUGCUCUACCGGUGCGGGUCCGCCCUCAGCCGGGAGCGGCCCACCAUGAAGGAGAUCACUCCCGAGAUAGCGGCCCUGUGCGGACACGCCUCCGCAACGGGGAGCGCCACCACUCGCGGGAAGAUUUGGACAGCGGCGGUAGAGGAGCAGCCUCGGCAGCAGGAGGUCCAGAGGCAGGCUGAAGCGGGCGCCGUUGCUGCCAUUCCAGGAGCUCUGGGAGCGGCGCCCGCUACAGCUGUGGCGGUUUCUUCGGCAGCCCGAAACGGGGCCUGGACAGAAAGGGGGUCAACCGGGAGUGGGAGCUGGCGUGAGAACGCGGAGGACACGCCGAAGGUGGCCCUGUUGUCGCCGUACUUGUUUCCCGUGCGGCGGCAGCAGGCCACGUUUCCGGCAGCGGCGGCGGCGACGUCGCGGGGGGGGGACGUCUCGCCGGUCGGAUAUCAGGCACACGGUAGAGAGCAGCUGGAAAGGGGAGGCGGGCACCAAUCGGUCUUGAGUGCGGCCGGCGUCGACGGCAGUGGCCGCGCCGCCGUUCCGGCGACAGAAGCAGGGGUUUCUCACACGGCAAUCGGUUGGGGGCACCACCCCGCCGCCGCCCCUGCCGGCCCCGCCGCCGCCGCCGCCGCCGCUGCCGUCACCUCCACCACUGCCAGGCAAGAAGGCCUCCCAGAUGGCGACAGCCGCAGAUGUACACCUGCAUCUUGCUCAAGCGGAGAAGGCGAUGACAGCGCCUCUGGCGGCAGCGCGGGAAGGCCGGGUUUCGUGCUGCGGCAAUGGUUGUCGAAGAAGCCGCCACCGGUGCACUUCCCUCCCGGAGGAGGUGUCAACUCCGCCUACAGUAUACUGGCCACCAGCGGGGGCGGUUUCCAACGCCGAUACGCGACCGGAGUGGAGGGCACCAACGGGAACGCAGCGACAACCAAGAAUGCUCUCGCUGGUGCUGCCGUUUUUUUCGGGGCCGCUCGGUACGUUUACGGCGAAGAGACGGACGGCAGCGAUUGCGACACGGACGCCGGAUCCGCUUUCGGUGAUGAUGGUAGUGAAGUGGAGGACCGCGGGGGGGCUGCUGCAGCCGCAGCCGUAGCGGGUCGGGGGGGAUCCGAGACAGCGCAGGGCGACGAUAUUGCGCAAUGGAAGAAUGUGCUGUUGUCCGACGCGGCUGCGGAGGACAUGUGGGGGAUACAGACCCAGCACAGCGGCAACGAGGGGGGUGGGAUGUGGGCACACAGGGAGGCAGACGCAGGGGUUCGGGGAGAACAACAGCAUGGACAGGGGGGGGAGCAGGGAUUAGAGGGGGGGUUAGAGGAGGGGGACGUAGAGGAGGAAACAGAAGAGGAGGGGGAGGAAGGGAAGAUUAUGGCCGGGCACAAAGUCAUGGCUCCACCACCCGUAGCAGAACCGAACCAGCGGGGCAAGCACGACCGGGCCAUUCUGAUGGAGCUGUUUGACCGGUGCCACGGCCCCACGUGGGUCGGCAGCGCCAACUGGGGCUCCGAGGAGCCGCUGUCGGCGUGGUACAACGUCGCCGUGGACAGGGGGGGGCACGUGCAGAGGCUAACUCUCCCCAGAAACAAGCUUUCCGGCGAAAUCCCGUCGGGACUGGGAAUGCUAGCCUUCCUCCGAGACCUUCGCCUUCACCGGAACUCCCUCAGGGGAAGCAUCCCUCCGUUCAUCGGAGGCUUGAGCUCGCUCACCUACCUGGACCUCCACGGCAACAACCUCCAAGGUCAAAUCCCGAAAGAAAUAGGAAACCUCCCGCUGCUGGAAAGCCUUCUCCUCGCCCAAAACAAGCUCUCGGGUGAGCCGAAUGUCUUCUUCCCAGGACUUGGGGCUAGUUUUCAAGCGAGGCGAAAGGCAACCCACAGGGGGUUGGCGAUGGUGUGCCCUGCAUACAUAAUGGGGGCCCUGGUGAUAUUUUCGAUUGGUGGACCUGGUGCCAAGGCGACAAGACAUAAUUACGUACGUAUCGAAUGCCCUAUCCCAGCGGAGAUGGGAAAUCUCAGCCGCAUUCGGUUCAUCUCCUUGCAGAAGAACCAGCUCACCGGGAAGAUACCUCGUCAGCUUGGAAAGCUCGCGGCACUACAGAGCCUUGAUCUCAGCUUCAACACCCUUGAAGGCUCCAUACCGACCGAGUUUGGAGACCUACGAGCGCUAACAGAGCUGACGGUUGGAGGGAAUCGGCUUACAGGUGCAAUCCCUCCCGAGCUUGGCAACCUCUCCAAGUUGGUGUUGCUGGAGCUAUACGACAACCAACUCUCCGGAAGCAUUCCUGCAGAACUGGGAAACCUGACACUUCUGGAGCACCUGGCUGUAGCCGGGAACGAUCUUCAAGGUCCUUCGUUAGAGUUUCGAACCGUUGCGUCCCCCGCAGCAACACACAACUCGUAGCAGACAGCAGUGUCGGUA